GGCAGCCGCCCCAGACAGAGGAAGAGUAACUCUGGAAACGGUGUUAUCAGCAUCCUCCGUGGACUUCCUCAUCUCCUCUCCAGCCACAUUAGCCCCAAGCUCCUUAGCAUCCUCAAACAGAAAUUGGGGAAGCUGAGAUGGGGUCAUUGCCCCGGACCCAGCCCCCUCUCUUUUGCCAAGCCCUAGCCCUGCGCAGCUCUGAGUGAGCAGCUGAAGGCUGCGGGCGGGAAUCUGGAGCGGGAGAUGGAGCCCCAGCUGGGGCCCAAGGCUGUCGGCCUCUGCCCGGGCCGCCUGGUGCUGCUGCUGUGGGUCUCAGCCCUGAGCUGUUCUUUUUCCUCGCUGGCUUCUCCCUCUCCUUCUCUGGUGCCCCGAAGCAGAACCAGCUACAGUUUUGGAAGGACUUUCCUCGGUCUUGAUAAAUGCAAUGCCUGCAUCGGGACAUCAAUUUGCAAGAAGUUCUUUAAAGAAGAAAUAAGGUUUGACAGCUGGCUGGCCUCCCCCCUUGGACUGCCUCCCGACUACCUGCCUUCUUACCCUGCAAAUUACUCGGAUGAUUCCAAAACCUGGCGCCCCGUGGAGGUCUCCAGGCUGGCCAGCAAACAGCAGAGUGACAUCUCGGACAGGAGAAUCUGCGCCUCUGCGGCAGCCCCAGAAACCUGCAGCAUCGAGCGCAUCCUGCGGAAAACCGGGAGGUUCCAGAAAUGGCUGCAGGCCAAGCGCCUCACACCGGAUCUUGUGCAGGGCCUGCCCAGCCCCUUCCUGCGCUGCCCAUCGCAGCGACUCCUGGACCGCGUGGUCCGGCGCUACGCCGAGGUGGCCGACGCUGGCAGCAUCUUCAUGGACCACUUCACUGACCGCGACAAGCUGCGUCUGCUCUACACCCUCGCUGUCAAUGCUCAUCCCGUCCUCCUGCAGAUCUUCCCCGGCGCCGAGGGCUGGCCGCUUCCCAAGUACCUGGGCUCCUGCGGCCGAUUCGCGGUCAGCACCAGCACCAGCCCGCUGCGCGACUUCUACGGCGCCGCCCCGGAACAGGUGGCCGACCUGGCCUUCCAGCUCCUCGCCGUCCUGGAGUCCCUGAGGAGCAACGACCUGAACUACUUCUUGUACUUCACCCACGUCGAUGCGGGCACGUUUGGCAUCUUUAACAACGGGCAUCUGUUCAUCCGGGAUGCCAGCGCCUUGGGCGUCAUCGACAAGCAGGAAGGCAGCCCGGCAGCCGCCGGGGCGGUAGGAGAGAGUAGAGACAUCUUUAGCUGCCUGCUUUCCGGCUGCCAGGCUGAGCUGCCCUCCUGCUACACCAUCCCAGAGAAGCAGAGCCUGGUGCUCGUGUGUCAGCAGCUGCUACCUCCGCUCCUCCAGGGGAAGUUCCCCUCCCCAGUGCAAGAGGAGAUAGACACCGCCCUCCGCCAGUGUGGGGAGGACUCCCUCCCGGACCCUGAAGUCCUUGGGGCCGCCAGCCGGCUGAAGGACAUCUUGAGGCCCCUGAGAACCUGUGACCCCAGAUUUGCCUACCGUUACCCAGACUGCAAAUAUAACGAUAAGUUCUGAGGGGCUGGAUCCUUGCCGGCCUUGGGGGACAACAUUCCUGGCCCUCCCUUACCCAGGAGAGUAGCUGCAGGGUUGAAAGAAGCAGCUGCAUCCUGGGACAUUUGGAGAGAUGGGCUUCAUUUUCCAGGAACAGAGGAACACUCUGACAACCAGAGGGGAGUCGUGCUGCACGGCGCGGUUGCCCCUGUUGGCUACAGCGUCACAGAGAAGCCUGGGGCUGGGCGGCAGAAGACCCAACCACGACCACAGACACUCACUGGACCUUGCUGAGCCCUGGUGUCCUCUGUUCUCCGGCAGACUCUCGAGUUAGUGAAAAAAGAUAGGGAUGUGAAGGGCCAGGGACACGUAUAAGAGGUUACAAAGAGUGUUCCAGAAUCGUGUACAGGCAGGACACAUAAGACAGAGCCGUGGAGGUAGAGGUUGACAUAGAGGGAAGGCAGCGGGAAGGUGAGGCCCCUGGCCAGGACCGUGUCAGACUCAAACAAGAAGUGCCCCCUCCCUGCUCCCCGUGCCUUCGCCCUAGCCCUUCUGCCACACUUCCCACACUGCCACAGGGUGUGGGGACUGCAGGCUGAGGAAACACAUGGACAGGGCCACAUUCUGGGUGCCUAGGGUCCUGUGUGCUCCUACGAGGUACCUCGUGAUGUGGGAAGGAGCCCCGAGUGAGAAGAGAUGAGCUGUGGGCUAUGGGCCAAUGUGUUCUUCCAGGACCUCUGAGAAGCAGGUGUCAGGACAAGGGCAAGACGGGCAAGGAUCGUAUAGGAUCCCUGCAUAGAAGGGAAGAAGGAGGUAUUGCCGAUCUGAGCCCAAGUGAGGGAGAGAAGGUCAGAGGGGGCAUUCUAUGACUGGCAUCAGUGCUAUCUGAAGGAAGGUUCCACAAGGCCUUGCUGUACUCCGUUGCUGGCAGGGAACAGCCCGUGGGAAGCGUGACCUUGGCCUCACCGCAAAGACAGAGUUCAGAGUGCACCAUAGGGCCCACAGCCUGCUCUGCUCCCUGGAGCAGGAAGCCUGAGCAGGACACAGCAGCCACAGUUGGGGCCCCAGGCCAGCUCUGUCCUCACCACAGCCUCCAGUGUAGCAGUCGAAGGAGUCUAAGAAUUUUCACUCAAACUUGGCCUUAGGAGUCAUUGCAACAACAUUUUUUCAAGGCCAGCCAACAGAACAUAUUUUAUUCAACAGUUUGUUAGUUUCCUUUAUACCUUUGAAAUAUUUAGU